UCUCUUUCUCUCUGUCUCUCUCUUGCUCGCCUCGAUGCUCGUUGGAAGAAGGGGCUUCCUUCCUUCCUUCCUUUGUCCAUCUCUCCUUUUCCUUUGUUGCGCCGCAACUCAUUGUGGUAGAGCUUGUGCAAGAAUUUUUGGUGUUUUGGAUGCAAAGUCGAUUCUCUGAGUGGGGACAUGGAUUUUUGAGGCAGCUGCGAGUGAGAAUCUUUUUGGAGUUGAGAUGGAGUAGCAGAGGUUGGGUAGUGGCUGCGAGAUGAUCGAAACAGUUUGGUGAUGAAGAUUGUGGAGACGUAGAUCCAAUUCGAAUGAUGUUGAUGAGGGGAAAACAAGAAGGGGAGGCGGGUUGGAGAGUGUAAAUGUGCAGUGAUUCUGGAUCCCGCGUGGAAACACCGGAGGGGUUGGAAAUGGUGGAAGAAAAUCGCGGAAGCUUUUUGGGAGUAUAAUUCGUGGAGCUGCGCUGAAAGAGUCUGUCAAUAUGUUUGAGGCUCAUGUCCUGAAUCUUCUUCGUCUUUAUCUUGGAGAAUAUGUUCGUGGACUCUCAGUUGAAGCCUUGAAGAUCAGUGUUUGGCAAGGAGAUGUUGUCUUGAAAGAUUUGCAACUCAAGGCGGAGGCCUUGAAUGCAUUACGGUUGCCUAUCACAGUAAAAGCUGGCUUCCUGGGUUCGGUCACAUUGAAGGUUCCAUGGAAUCGACUAGGCAAAGAUCCUGUAAUUGUGCUUCUUGACCGCAUUUUUAUACUUGCUGAGCCUCUCCAAGAUGAUAGGACCUUCAGGGAAGAGGACAAAGAUAAAUGGUAUGAGGCGAAAAGACGCAAGUGUGAGGCGGCUGAACUGGCUAUGCUUGAGGCCAAGGACCACAAGACAGCUGGGCCUCAACAAACAGAUACAACCUCUAACACCUGGUUCAGCUCUUUGAUAGCAACGAUUGUUGGGAAUCUGAAAAUCUCAAUCACUAAUUUACACAUUCGUUACGAGGAUGAAGUGAGCAAUCCAGAGCGUCCAUUCUGUUCUGGAGUUACGUUAGCGACGCUAGCAGCUGUCACUAUUGACGAACAGGGAAAUGAAACAUUUGUUACUAGUGGGGCCUUGGAAAGACUCCGCAAGUCUUUGCGUUUGGAACGUCUGGCUGUAUACCAUGACUCAGGUAGCAAACCGUGGUCUAUGGAAAGAAUAUGGGAGGAUAUGACUCCCCAGGAAUGGGAGGAGGUUUUCAUGGAGGGUAUUAAAAAUGAUGCAUCUCCUGACAAGCCCUUGCCGAAAUGGGCGGCUGGUCGUCAGUACUUGCUGCACCCAGUAGGAGGACUUAUGACAUACAAUCGUCGUGGAAAACGUGAGACGCGGAAACCUGAUGUUCCAUUUCAGGAAGCCAAACUUGUACUGGAGCCCGUGUCAUUGACAGUCUCAGAGGCUCAGUACUGUGAUGGAAUGAAACUUUUGGAAGGAGUGUCGACGUAUCGCAACAGGUUGGAGUACAGCCACUUCCGUCCUCAAGUGCCUGUUAAGGGGAAUACGCGGGCUUGGUGGCUUUUUGGUUGUCAAGCUGUUUUACAGCAAAACUCCAGAGUUUGGUAUCGGCUGCAGUGGUCAAAAAUAGCUGAUUCUUGUCGCAAGAGGCGAAAUUAUGUGGAACUCUAUGCAAAAUGUCUGCAUCAAGGUUUUAAAGUAGAUAAUCAAGAAAUCAAGGACAUGGAAAAGGAUCUUGAUAUUGAAGUGAUCCUUCUUUGGAGGCUGUUGGCUCAUGCAAGGGUUGAAAGUGUAAAAUCCAAAGAAGCUGCCGUAGAACGAGAACGAAUAAGGAAAAGUUCUUGGUGGUCGUUUGGCUGGGGAAGUGUAAAUUCCAGCCAAGCUGGCACCCAAGCGACAUCUCCUAAUGACUCCCCAAUGUCAUCUACAUCUCCUACGCCUCCUAAUGGUGCCGAUGCUCCUGGGGAACUCACCAAAGAGGAAUGGAGCAAAAUCAAUCAGUUAUUGAGUUACCAGCCAGGAGAAGAUGUGCUGAAUGUUUCAAAAACCGAAGGGCCUAAUAUGAUGCAGAUGGCCCUUGACGUCAACAUCCGACAGGGGUCGGCUCGUAUUUUAGAUAAUAAUAAUAUGGAGAUUUUAUGUGGAACAUUUGAAAACUUGCAAGUUGGAAUACAAGUAUAUCCAAAAACAUUGGCUUGUGAAGGGCAACUCCAGUUCUAUGGCCUCUCUGCGCCUGAAGGAAUGCUUAUUGAGAGUGUGAGUCGAGAGGGAAGAGACCAUGCCUUGUCAGCGACUUAUGUGCAGUCUCCUUAUGACGAGAAUUUAGACUGGAAAUUAGCUGCCACUAUGUCACCCUGUCACGUUAAGGUGUGGAGGAUAAGUUUUGAGAGGUUUCUUCAUUUUUUGAAGAGCAGUCAAGUUCUUAGUCCUGGUGUCGCCCUAGAGACUGCAGCGGUCUUGCAGAGUAAGUUGGAGGAAGUUACACGUCGUGCACAAGAACAGCUACAACAAGCGUUUGAACAGCAGAGCAGAUUCUCUAUUGACCUGGACCUGGAUGCUCCUAAGAUUUCUAUUCCAGCUAAAAUCAGCAAGAAUGACGAUGAUGAGACACAGCUCCUUCUAGAUUUGGGACAUUUCACUCUCCACACUACAACAGAUGCUAGUCGGGAUGCCGACGUGUUAAAAGCUGAUUUAUAUUCUCGAUUCUCUAUAACUGGAAAAGAGAUAUCGGCAUAUGUGGUGGACAGAGAUUUUCAUUGGUCUGAAAUCUCUUCGUUAUCAUCGGCGUCGCUGUCAUCUGGUGAAACAUCUCCAGAGACUGAAGGUGAAGAGCCAAAAUCUAGCGGAGUUAUUCUUCCAGUAUUGGACCCUUGCGGCAUGUCGCUCGUUCUUGAUCAGAUUCGAGUACAACAUCCAAAUUAUCCAUCCACGAGGCUUGCCAUCAAAGUGCCACGCCUUGGCAUACACUUUUCCCCUGCAAGGUACCAUAAACUUAUGUCUGUUUUAAGUGCAAUCGGAACUGUUGACAACAAUCCAGACGACUCUUCAGAAACAGAAACGGCGGUGCCGUGGCAGCGUUCGGAGUAUUCGGGGGAUGCUCGGAUUUUGGUUUGGGGGGGUAUAGGAAGUACAGUAGCAGAGUGGCAGCCUUGUAGAGCAGUUCUUGCUGGAACAUACUUAUACGUGUUGGAGUCUGAAAGUGCGCACACUUAUCAAAGGUGUAUCAGUGUGACUGGGAAGCAGGUAGUCGAAGUACCCUCUGCUAACAUUGGCAACUUUAAAAAUGUAAUUGCCGUUUGCCAUCGCGGUGUUAACAUUCAAAAGGUUGUCGAGUCCUCAAGUGCUCUUAUCUUGCAAUUAAAAAGUGAAGAACUUAAAGCUGCAUGGCAGUACUAUAUGGCUCUCGCCACGUACAAGGCAUCUACACCGCUUCUGGCAAUGCCUCCCGAAUCAAGCGAUGAAGAUGAAGACGAUGUUGAUGACGAUGGUGUGGGGAUCGGUGAAGGCAAAAAAAUGCUAGAACCAAUGGAGCCUGCAAAACAACCUCAACUUUUUGUGAUGGGCUUCCUUCAGGAGUUGCGGAUUUUUCUAAGUAACUCGACCUUUGUCGGUGGCUCUUCUUCUCUGGGUGAUGAAAAACUUAUUCUUGAGUUGCAAGCUCAUGGUGGCAAGGUCGAUGUGCUGCAACGCCAGUAUGACUUAUCUAUCACUAUGAAGGUGCACUCGUUGAGGAUUGAGGACAAGUUGCAGGGGCAUGUCGCUCCAUCAUGUCGUUACCUUGCUCGGUCAUCACUUUCUGCUGAUGCUGAAGUGGAUGAUGUGGAGGCUAGUUGUGUAGAGAAGUUACAUCCUGAUGCGAUAGAAGAUGAUAAGAUGGAAGAGGUUGAGGAGGAGGAGGAUGAGGAUGAGGAGGAUGAGGAUGAGGAGGAGGAAAUCUUUGAUGAUGCGUUGGCAGAAUUUGGAGUUCCAGGUUCUCCUUCGUCUAGUGAGCGUGGCUCUUUCCACCGCUUAUUCUCAUCGGGAAGAAGCGACCUUACACCAAGCCAGGAAAAAUCUCUUCGGCACUGGGAGUUAGAACUGAUAAAUCUUGUGAAAGAGGGGACUGUACAAGAUAUGUGGGUGGAUUCUUUGGACGAAGUAGUGUCCGAUUUUGCAAACAUGCGUCUGAUAAUUAGACAAUCAAAUUCUCCAGAUUAUGAUGAUACAGACGUUCAGAUGGCUAUUAGAAUGGCUACACUAGACUUCUUCUGCAACCGUCCUACUGUUGUAGCACUUAUAGAGUUUGGUUCACAGCUAAGUGAUUCUCCUGGGGGUUUGUCCUCUUCGUCAGCAAAGACCUUCGAGGAGGGUGAUUCUAAUGGUAACCCUGAAGCCAGUGCACCACGUGAUGUAGUGAAAGGCUUAUUAGGUCGUGGUAAAUCUCGAGUUGUGUUUGGAUUAAAGUUGGAGAUGGAAAGUGCUCGAAUAUCUGUAAAUAAGGAAGAUGGGUCUCAGCUAGGUAUGCUUGCUCAAGACAAAUUUCAUUUUGAACUCAAGGUUUAUCCAGGUUCUCUUAAUAUAUCUGGGACGCUUGGAAAUUUACGCGUCUGUGACAUGUUCCUUGGAGCUGAUCACCAAUGGGGUUGGCUUUGUGAUAUCCGAGACCCCGGUGCGGGAUCGCUGGUUGAGUUGGAAUUUCAAUCUUAUAACAAGGAUGAAGAUGACUACCAAGGGUUCGACUAUUCACUUUCAGGGAAGCUGUCAGCAGUGCGAAUUGUCUUCCUGUAUCGUUUUAUUCAGGAGAUUACAGCAUACUUUGUCGCACUCGCUACUCCACAAACCACACAAGUUGUAACAGUUGUGGACAAAGUGGGAGGAACCGAAAAACUUAUUCAGGAGUCUGAUGUAGAAGGUUCUUCAGCUGUAAAGUUGGACUUUUCACUUGACACCCCUAUUAUCAUAAUGCCCCGCAGCUCUGAUAGCCAAGAGUUUAUGCAGUUGGACUUGGGUCACCUUGAGGUGCAUAAUAGCUUUGAGUGGCAUGGUGGAGACAAGGAUGUUGCAUCUGCUGUACACCUGGAUGUUCUUCAUAUUGAGCUUACAGGCAUCAACAUGGUUGUAGGCAUUAAUGGUCAGGCUGGAAAAUCCAUGCUUCGAGAAACUAGAGGUCUUCAGGUGAAAGUUCAGCGACCUUUGAGGGAUCUUUUCAAGAAGGUGCCAGAGCUAGCCAUUGAUGUUCAGGUACCAUUGCUGAGUGGGGUUAUGACUCACAAAGAAUAUCUGGUUAUCAUUGACUGUGCAUCUACAAACUUGUCAGAAGAACCUCAUCUUCCGCCAACUUUUCGAGAACCUCCAAGAACGAGUGAGAUAAGUGAUGAAGAGAAGAUGCUCCUUGAAACUCCAGGUGAAGCUGAGGAUGAUAAAUCCGCUGUUAGUACCAGGAAUAUUGAUCCUGCUUCGGCUGCUGCGGCGUAUACGAAAAUGCGAGUAACUGUAGAUGUUCGGCAGGUUGAAUUGGAUUUGUACAUUGGCCUAGAAUCGGAGAUACCUUUGGCGCGUUUAGAGAUCCAAAAGUUCUGGCUCAGUUACUGCAAUACUUCUACAAAUAACAUGGAUAUUUUGAUAACGCUAUCUAAGUUGUCAGUUCUAGAUCAGCGCCCUGACACAAGGCCUGAAAUGCGACUGAUGCUGGGUUCAAUGGCUGAUGUCGAGAAGCUGGGAGUUCCUGUAAGGACAGCUGUAGAAGAUGAAAAUGCACUUGACACUUCUCCAGAACUGACAAUGCUGGUUUUGGAUUUACGUUUUAAACCAGAAUCUCAAGCUUACGUUAUUCGUGUUCAACGCCCUCGGCUGUUAGUGGUUGUGGAUUUUCUUCUUGCCGUUGCGGAGUUUUUUGUACCUUCCUUGGGUAAGGCUGCAUUAGAGAGUGAUCAUGAAAACUCUCAGAAUGAUACAGACGUCGUGGAUGAACAUAUCCGACUUGCGACCUCAUCGUACCAACAGAAGGACGACACUAUCGUUCUAAGUAGUGAACGACAGCUUAUUGCGGAGGCAUACGAUGUGGAUGAAUUCAUCUAUGAUGGUUGUGGGAACACACUGUUGUUGGAUGUUAAGGAUGAUGAAAAUGGGCCAGCAUUUAUGGAGCCGCUCAUUGUGAUUGGUUCUGGAAAAAAUUUGCGAUUUAAGAAUGUUCGCAUUGAGAAUGGAUUUUGGUUGAGUGAAUGUGUCCACCUCAGCGCAGAUAGUAGCUACACUGCUUCUCUUGACGAUGGCGUUAUUCUGGAAGGCAUAGGUGUAGAUUCCUCCGGUGGUGUCUCUGUACAAGCAGCACCGCAUACUAAUUCUUUAUUAUCACCCAGUAAAUCUUCUGGCAAGAAAUCUAGUGAGGAGCAGAAGACCACAGUCAGCAAUUAUGUUAUUGAUAUCCAGGCUGUUGCACCAGAACUUACUUUCUAUGAUAGCACCAAGUGGCCUGUUGGUGGUCCACGACGGGAAAGGGUGCUGAGGGCCAACUUGGACUGUUACGUCAUGAUAAAAUCCAAGGGAGACGAUAAGUGGAUUAAGGGAAUGGUGAAGGGGCUUACGGUUGAAGGUGGUUCUGGGUUAGUGGUUGUUGAUCCAGUGGAUGUUUCUGCUGAGUAUGCUUGUGUUCAAGAGAAGAUCACGUUUUUAGCAGGAGCUUCUGAUAUUUCAACCCGCCUUUCAUUUAAUGUGCUCUCACUUAUUUUGCGGUUUCAAGAUGAUGCUUUUUCAACCUUCAAAUUUGGUGGCGCUCAGGCCCUCUCUCGGUGUACUCAUUUUGAUAGAAUAUGGGUGAAUGUCUCUGGUGAUAAUACAACUCAGCAAGUUGCAAUAUGGCGUCCUCGUGCUCCAUCGGGUUACCUGAUCAUGGGUGACUGUGCAACUUCUGGAGUUGCUCCCCCCUCUCAGGCGGUUAUGGCUAUCAGCAAUACAUGUAAAUUUGCUCAAAAACCAAUUGGGUUUGAGCUUAUUUGGUCCACCAGAGGUGACGCUGAACCUAGAGGUGGAUCGGAUGCACAGAAAGAUGACGUUAAUUCAGAAUGUUGCGUUUGGAUGCCAAUCGCUCCUCCAGGUUACCUCUCUCUAGGUUGUGUUGCUGAGAGGGGUCUAUCACCGCCUUCUCUAAGUUCUGUUCGAUGUAUUCGAUCUGAUAUGGUGACUUCAGGAUCUCUAAGUGACUGUAUUUACUAUUGUCCGCCUGAUGAUGGCGGCAGAUACAAAAACGGUUGCAGUAUAUGGCGCGUGGAAAAUGCUGCUGGAUCUUUUUAUGCCCAUUGUUCCACAACACCUCCAUCAAGGAUAUUGACACGGGAUUUGAGUGAAACUCUCUUGAGGACAGUAUCUCAUAUUGUCAUGGAUAUGGAUAAACCUGAUGUGAAAGCAGAAGCAUCUUCUAACCAAGGCUCAUUAAGAAGAUUGCCAAGUGUUAAUUCCCGCGUUGAUUCCAUGGCAAGUGGCAGACACAGUACAGGCCGCUAUUUGAUUACAACUCCACAGUUCGAGCGGUUGUGGUGGGAUAAAGGUUCAGAAUUUCGUCAUGCGGCAUCCAUUUGGCGGCCUGUUCUUCCUCCUGGCUAUGCUAUUGUAGGAGAUUGCCUAAUGCAAGGAUUGGAGCCGCCAGGUGUGGGCGUUGCCUUACGCGAUGAUAAUACUGGUCGCCUAGCAAAACCUUUGCGUUAUCUGCAACGUAUGCACACUACGGGGAGAGGGCUCGAAGACGUUGUUGUCUGGUUUCCAGUGGCUCCAGCCGGCUAUGUUGCAGUUGGUUGUGUUGUCACGAAAGCUCCAGAGAUGCCGUCUGUUGAUUUGGUUCGUUGUUUACGCGUUGACCUGGUCAUCCAGUCGCGGCUGUUAAAGCCGGCAAUCUGGACGUUGUCUUCAGAACGGAGUCCUAAUUCUGUGUGGAGCAUGUCUGGAGUUCGUGGAGGUUACAGCUGCAGCAUGUGGAGAGUCGAAAAUCAGGCGAAUACCUUUUUUGCAAGACCAGACUUGAAGUGUCCACCAGGAAGAAUGGCAUAUGCUUUAGCUGAUGGGAAGAAGAAAGCGCGGGACAAAUUAUCUGCAGAGCUCAAGAUUGGGCGGAUUUCUGCCAAUGUAUUUGAUGAUAUGGGUGGCUUGAUGACACCUCUUGUUAAUACGACAAUAACAAACAUAAACCUUGCUGCACAUGGGCGGUUGGAAGCAAUGAGUGUUGUGAUCAUUUCAAAUAUGGCUGCCUCCACUUUCAACACACAACUGGAAUGUUGGGAACCCAUUAUUGAACCGUUUGAAGGAAUAUUCAAAUAUGAGUCUUUCGAUGUGGAUUCCGAGGCUGCUUUCAAGGUUGGUAAGCGGAUACGUAUAACUGCGGCGAAUGCUGUGAACGUUAACAUUACAUCUGCGGGCUUGGAAACUCUUGUGCAAUCUGUAACGUCAUGGCGCAAACAAACUGAGUUAGAAGAGCAAGCUCGCAUGACUCUUGAAAUGGAAGGUAGUGAUUAUAAGGAACCAAGUCCUGACACUUUCAACAGUGCACUGGAAGAGGAUGAACUGGAGAAACUACUAGUCCAAAACAGACUAGGAUGUGACUUGUACUUGCGGAAAUUUUUGGAUAAUUUUGAGCAAGUGGAAUGUCUUUCCAAGGAUGCCAGUAGUUUGGUGCACUUGCCGCCAGUACGAUUUCCUGAUAGAUUUGUUGAUGUCACGGACUCCCGACCACCACGCCACUUUGUUGCUGUCCAUGUUUCUGAAGCAAAGGAACUACUUGUCAAUGCUGAUGGAAACCAUCAAGACUAUAUGUGCGCUGUAAAGCUGGCGACCACUAAGUCAACUGACGAGCACAAGACGCUUCCUCAAAGUGCCAGAUCUCGUUGUGUUCGUCCUAAUGCCGUUACGCAGGGUUUGGACUGUUUAGUUGCUGAAGCGAAGUGGAAUGAAGUGUUUAUUUUUGAACUUCCUCAGAAGGGCUCUGCUACUCUGGAAGUUUUGAUAUCUAAUCAGGCUGCGCGAGGCGGAAAGGGCGAGGCAGUUGGUGUAACUUCUAUUUCCCUCGAUAGAAACGUUGAGGGAAAUGCAUCACAAUCAUCAACGUUGUGGAACGUGGUCCGACGAUCCCUGAAACAGGGUCGUGUGACUUCUUGGCCUGCCAUUGAGAAUAAAACUUACCAUCUAUCACAACCUCGAAGAAUGAAUGCACCUAGUGAUCACGAGGCGCAGAAGAAGAGCUGGGGUCUGAUAACUGUAAGCAUGUAUUUUUUCUCUGCGAAGGGCGAGCAGAAAGAGAAAAUGACCGAUUUUGAGUCUAAAGAUGACACAAAAGGUGUGGAUAUUGGACUAUUGCUAGCUGUGACCCCAGAAGGUCCAUGGGCAGGACUCCGAUCAUUUUUACCUGUUACCACAGUGCCGAAGGAGAUUGGUAGGAGGCUUUUAGCUAUAGAAGUGAGCAUGCAACAGAAUCAGAAGUGCGUGAAGGUUAGGAGCCUUGCGACUGUUGUGAAUAAUACAGACAUGGCACUUGAGAUAUGCCUUUGUCCUUAUCCGCUUCUUAAUAUUCCAGAUGGGUCUACUAAAGACUCAGAGAGUAGUCUCUCUACAGUUGUUGAGGAAAUUUUUGAGAAUCAACGAUAUCAGCCUUUAGCAGGCUGGGGAAGCAAAUGGCCUGGACAUAUGAUGCCAGGUGAUCCAAGCCGUUGGAGUAAUCGUGACUACUCGAACACUUCUCCGGACUUAAUGGAACCUUCCUUACCACCUGGUUGGGUAUGGAGUACGAAUUGGUCAAUCGACAGAAACGGUAAUGUAGAUGAGGAGGGCUGGUUUUAUGGUCCCGAUUUUCAGUCUUUGAAGGUUCCACCCUCAUCCUCAAAGGCUAGAAAAAAGUCUAUGUUUGAUUUUGCUAGGCGACGCCGUUUAAUUAGGCAACGCAAAUGUAUCCCUGAAACUCACCAUUUGCAUAGCAGACAAAUAGUAGGAGUGGUUCAACCUGGAGAUUUAGUCCCUUUACCAUGGGCCGGUGGUGACAGCAAUACUGACAUGUGUGUUCAAGUCCGCCCGCAAUCUGAUUCCUCUCUGUACAGCUGGGGCCGGGCUAUCAGUGAUUUGAUAUCUCAAAGCAGGAUGCAGAACAGCAGCGAUGGGGCUGCUUCGGCUGCUCCGCGUCAAACCAAGAGUAAUAUACCAGUUUCCGUUUUACCAGUGAAAGAGCUAGAAAAAGCUGAAGAGAUUUUACUGUCCAGGGUUCUAGAGGGUGGCAGUGGCAGUGGCCACGGUCUUUGCUGGUUGAAUGUGGAUGUGGAUGCCACAGUCCUGUAUAAUGAAGUUAACAAUCCUAUCCCUGAUUGGCGAAUCACGGUUAAUGCUCCUGUGAAGUUGGAAAACCGCCUUCCUUGUUCUGCUGCUUACAUUAUUUGGGAAAAACCAAGGGCAAGUGGAAAUUUGAUUAAACAACAGGAUGGUAUAGUUUCUGCCGGGGGUUGUGUGUACAUCUACUCGGUUGAUGUGCGGAGACCCAUAUACCUCACUUGGCUCGCUCAAGGAGGAUGGAGAUCCGAGAAAGAAAUUGUUCCUAUUUCAGACCCUUCCAUGGAGGAGCUUCCCACUGGUUUCUGGAUGGCACAUCAAGCUAGUAACAGGCGGCUGAGGGUGAGUCUGGAGCAUGAUUUCGGAGGUAGCAGUACGGCUGCCAAGAUCGUGCGUUUGUUUGUUCCUUAUUGGCUUAGAAAUGACGCUUCACUCCCAUUAGCGUAUCGUCUUGUUGAGAUUGAGCCUGACAGUGCUUCAACUGGGGACACUACAUGGCUUACUAGGGCAGCUAAAGCUGCUAAGCAGGCUGCUCGUCGACCCACUCACCCUGGAGUAAAGAAAGCUCUACGAUUGAAUCGAGUGGUCAAUUAUCUGGAAAGAGUGGAGGAUAUGACAGGGACUCCUGUGAUGCUUUCGCUACAGGCCUACUCUGAUCGCAUAGGGGGUUUAUCGCUGUCUUCACGUGCUGAGGAUGGAUUACUCUCGCCUCGCCUUGGCCUUGCAAUCGCUGUAGCAAACAGCAAUGUCUUUAAUCGUGCUCUCUCUUUUCGAGACUUUGAAAAUAAUAUGGAAAGAGUUAAUCUUAAUGCCGUAGAUGAUGGAGGCGCUUAUUACAAGUUGUCUGCGUACUUGGAUAUGUCAUCAGAUCGCACCAAGGUCAUUCAUGUGCAGCCUCACACAUUAUUUGUCAAUCGACUAGGAAGAAGAUUGUCCUUACGUCAAUGUGACCUGAGGCAUGAAGAACUGUUUUACCCAAACGACCCUCCUAAGGCCAUUCUCUGGCAAUCUACGAACGAGCAAGAGCUGUUGAAGGUUAAUGUUGAUGGCUAUCGAUGGAGUAACCCAUUCAGUGUGGAUACGGAAGGAAUUUUUCAUGUAACACUUCAAGCCGAACAAGGUGGUCCAAGUCUCGUAAUACGUGGUGAAGUUCGCAAUGGAGUCAAGGAUUCUCGUUAUUUUGUUGUUUUCCGUCUUGCUGCGCGUCAGAGUCCAUACCGAGUGGAAAAUCUAUCAACUGUUAUACCAAUCAAAUUUCGUCAAGCUGGCGGUGACGAUAGCUUAUGGAAAGUGUUACUUCCUGGUUCAUCAGCUUCAUUUGGCUGGGAAGACCUUCUUCGCAGUCACCUUCUUGAAAUCCUGCCAGAGGGUCAUGAUCCUCAGAAUUCCAUAAAAUUCAACUUAGAUGAGCUAUUUGAUUACCGUCCUUUCCCUUCUGUUCGUGGAGGGAUUGCUGCCUCACUUCGAGCAACAGUAGUGUCAGAGGGGUUUACAAGGGUUUUCAAAGUUAUGGACUGUAACCCCAGCACUUCUAACAUGCCUCUGGCGAUUAUUGGGACUCCAACCACACCUCGGACUCUGUCACCUGAUUUCCAUAGUUUGGAAAACCAAAUCCAUACUAGCAUCGAGUUAUCAGAAUUUGGGCUUUCAAUUGUUGAUCACACUCCUGAAGAACUACUUUAUGUGUCCAUCCAGAAUCUUGUGGUUUCUUAUGCAACUGGAUUGGGAUCAGGGACGAACAGGUUAAAAUUUAAGUUAGAUAGUCUUCAAGUUGACAAUCAAUUGCCUUUGACCCCGUCUCCUGUCCUUUUCAUGGUUCAAGAGUCUCAGACGCAUCGUGAUUUUCUUCUCAAGGGAACAAUCACCAUGCAAGACAAUGGAGUAAUGGAUAGUAUUUCUUAUCCUUACAUCGGCAUUCAGGGCCCAAACGCACCAAAUGUUGCGUUUUUGGUGAACAUUCACGAGCCAAUAAUUUGGCGCUUACAUGAAAUGUUUCAUCAUCUCGACUUGGGGCGCUUAAGCAGCAGCAAGACAACAGCUGUUGCCAUUGAUCCAAUCAUAAAGAUAGGACUACUUCAUACUUCUGAAAUACGAUUCAAGGUUACACUAACAAUGGCUCCUGCGCAAAGACCUCGAGGAAUGCUUGGAUUUUGGGCCACACUAAUAACAUCUUUAGGAAAUACCGAUGAAAUGCCGAUACGUAUUACGCCACGCGUCCAUGAAGAUGUUUCUAUGCGGCAAAGUGCAUUGUGGGCUGCUGCUUUUGCCAGUUUACGAAAUGACUUGCUGAGUCAACCUUUCAAACUACUAACUGGUGUUGACAUACUGGGCAACACAAGCAGUGCGCUUGGAAACAUGAGCAAAGGAGUUGCUGCUCUCUCAAUGGACAAAAAGUUUAUACGUGGUCGUCAGAAACAGGCGAAUGUUGAAGAUUUAGGCGAAGGAAUUCGAGAGGGAGGAGAAGCUUUUGCGAAAAGCCUAUUUCGAGGUGUAACGGGCAUUGUUACGAAACCUUUUGAAGGUGCUCAGAAGUCUGGAGUUGAAGGGUUUCUUCAAGGUGUGGGUAAAGGCGUGAUUGGAGUGGGUGUUCAACCCUUGAGUGGGGUUUUGGAUUUACUCUCCAAAACUACAGAGGGUGCUAAUGCAAUGCGCAUGAAAUUGAGUGCUGCCAUCUCGUUCGAACAGCAGGUUUUGAGACGGCGUUUGCCUCGUGUUAUUGGAGGUGACAAUGUGUUGCGUCCUUACGACGAGUAUAAGGCACGAGGACAGGUGUUGAUGCAACUAGCAGAGAGGGGAACAAUUUUUGGUCCUGUUGACUUUUUCAGAGUACGAGGGAAAUUUGCGAUGUCAGAUGCCUAUGAAGAUCACUUCAACCUGCCGAAAGGGCGUACUCUUAUGAUUACGCAUCGUAGAGUAAUUUUACUGCAGCACCCAACUAGCCUAAUCCAACAAAAAAAGCCCGACCUUCUCAAAGAACCAUGUACUGUGACAUGGGACGUGAUGUGGGUUGACUUCAAGUCGAUGGAAUUAUUUCAUGCAAAAGAUGAAUCUCGGCAAAUGCCACCCUGUCGACUUGUAAUUCGUUCCUUGGGUAACGACUCUCUCAUGUUUGAUCAGAAAGAAACUCAAUUCGUUGUGAAAUGCCACCCAGGCACUAAACAAGCAAUUGAGAUCUGUAAUGCUAUACAACAAGCCUUAAAUACGUAUGGCCCUGGCCGGUCAUCCAACUCAACGCAGGAAUUGCUGAAGAAAUCCUCAGCAAGAAAACCUUAUGCAGGUGCAGGGGUAGGGGCUGCAUCAGGUGCAGCGUUAGGACUUUUGGCAGGACCAGCUGCUCCUAUAGCUGUGCCAGUCAUGGCAACUUUCGGGGCUUUGAUAGGAUCUGCUAGCCAUGCGAUGCUUGACACACCGCAAGAUUCACAACCUCCAUUACAGACGGAUGUUCAGCAUGCAGGGAUAACAAAAGCAUAUGUACACUCAGGGAGACUUAUUAGUGAUUUUAAACUGCUGUGGUGGGAUAAGUCGGCUCCCUGGAAUGAGAAUUCUAAAGUUUCAAUCUGGCGCCCAAUUCCUCCGUCAGGGUACGUGUCAGUAGGGGACGUGGUGCAGUCUUCUUACGACUCUCCAGAUCUUGUCAUGGUGUAUCGUGAUGAUCAUGAUGGAAAAUUUGUUACUCCACAAGGUUUUGAAUUGGUUUGGCGAGAUGCAGAGCACAGCGCUAGGGAGCCAAUAACGAUCUGGAGACCUCGACCUCCACUUGGUUAUGUAGCCUUAGGCUGUGUAAUUGUACCUGAUUAUUAUGAGCCUGAUCUAGGCGUUGUAAGUUGCGUGCGACAAGAUUGUGUGUCUCAAGCUCCUUUGAAACAAGAAUCCAUAUCGAAGUAUACUACUCGGAGUGCUUUAUGGCAGUGCAGUCUAUGGAGAGUGCAGAACAAUUCGUCAACUUUCCUAGCCCAGCGAGAUCAGCAGCCACCCCCUCCUCGUCUUGCCUACACAGUGAGCACCUAGAUAAACUUUGGGUUGUUAGCAGACCUUUCAAUAGACGUUAGAUUUUAUAUCAUAUCCGUUCUCUUUGCAGGAGAAUUUUCGUGAGUUAUGUUUACUUAAUUAAAAACACAAUUUCAUUUUAGUUGUACUGAGUGUUCUUCAUUUGCUGCGAUUGGAAAUGACGUGUCACGCAGUACAAAAUAGAGUUGGACUCAAAAAAGUGUAGUUUGCAUGGGAGUGUUUCAGAAGAAGCCAAUGUUCAGCGCACGGUACUCUAAAUUCAAUGUGUAUUAAUUAUACACUUUUCUUGAUUCUCUGAAA